CCCAGAAGCAGGAUAAUUCCUCCCCACCCCUCUCCCCAGCCCGCCUCCCACCCAAGCUAACUCAUUUCCUCUUCCUCCCCAAUACCAACACACACUGACAGCCCAGGCUGAGCAGCCAGACCCAGAGUGACUGACCGUGGGCCCCGCUUGUCCCGGCUGGCCUGGUCAGCCUCUGGAUUAUGGUCUGGCUGGGGCCCCCUUUGCUGCUCCCCAUCUUCUUCCUGGCUUCUCAUGUUGGCGCUGCGGUGGACCUGACGCUGCUGGCCGACCUGCGCCUGACCGAGCCCCAGCGCUUCUUCCUGACCUGCGUGUCCGGGGAGGCGGGGGCGGGCAGGGGCUCGGACGCCUGGGGGCCCCCGCUGCUGCUGGAGAAGGACGACCGCAUCGUGCGCACGCCCCGGCCCUGGCAGCCGCUGCACCUGGCCCGCAAUGGCUCGCGCCAGGUGACGCUGCGCGGCUUCUCGCAGCCCUCCGACCUGGUGGGCGUCUUCUCCUGCGUGGGCGGCGCGGGGGCGCGGCGCACGCGCGUCCUCUACGUGCACAACAGCCCAGGAGCCCACCUGCUCCCGGACAAGGUCACACACACGGUGAAUAAGGGCGACACGGCAGUACUUUCCGCGUGGGUGCGCAAGGAGAAGCAGACAGAUGUGAUCUGGAAGAGCAACGGAUCCUACUUCUACACCCUGGACUGGCAUGAGGCCCAGGAAGGGCGGUUUUUGCUGCAGCUCCCAAACGUGCAGCCGUCAUCCAGCGGCAUCUACAGUGCCACCUACCUGGAAGCCAGCCCACUGGGCAGCGCCUUCUUUCGACUCAUCGUGCGGGGUUGUGAGGCAGGGCACUGGGGACAAGACUGUACCAAGGAAUGCCCGGGCUGCCUGCAUGGAGGUGUCUGCCACGACCAGGACGGCGAGUGUGUGUGCCCCCCUGGAUUCACUGGGACCCGCUGUGAGCAGGCCUGCAGAGAGGGCCGUUUUGGGCAGAGCUGCCAGGAGCAGUGCCCAGGCACAUCAGGCUGCCGAGGCCUCACCUUCUGCCUCCCGGACCCCUAUGGCUGUUCUUGUGGAUCUGGCUGGAGAGGAAGCCAGUGCCAGGAAGCCUGUGCCCCAGGUCAUUUUGGGGCUGACUGCCACCUCCAGUGCCAGUGUCAGAACGGCGGCACUUGUGACCGCUUCAGCGGCUGCGUCUGCCCCUCCGGGUGGCAUGGGGUGCACUGUGAGAAGUCAGACCGGAUCCCCCAGAUCCUGGACAUGGUUUCAGAACUGGAGUUCAACUUAGAGACGACACCCCGGAUCAACUGUGCCGCCGUGGGGAACCCCUUCCCAGUCCGGGGCAGCGUGGAGCUCCGCAAGCCGGACGGCACGGUCCUCCUGUCCACCAAGGCCAUUGUGGAGCCAGAUAGGACCACAGCCGAGUUCGAGGUGCCCCGCUUGGCUCUUGGGGACAGUGGGCUCUGGGAGUGCCGCGUGUCCACGUCUGGUGGCCAAGACAGCCGACGCUUCAGGGUCAACGUCAAAGUGCCCCCGGUGCCCAUGACUGCCCCUCGGCUCCUGGCCAAGCAGAGCCGCCAGCUCGUGGUCUCCCCGCUGGUCUCCUUCUCUGGGGACGGGCCCAUCGCCUCUGUACGGCUGCACUACCGGCCCCAGGACAGCACCAUGGCCUGGUCCACCAUCGUGGUGGACCCCAGUGAGAACGUGACGUUGAUGAACCUGAGGCCGAAGACAGGAUACAGUGUCCGUGUGCAGCUGAGCCGGCCAGGGGAAGGGGGGGAGGGGGCCUGGGGGCCUCCCACCCUCAUGACCACAGACUGUCCUGGUGAGAGGCCAAGAGUUAUCCCUUUCCGCCCCCCAGGGGUUACUGUCCUACGCACUCAGGGUUGUCAUGGCUUGUCCACCCUGGGGGUCCCUGCCUUUCCCACUGGAGGUUGUCCCCUGGGGAUCACUAUCCCAUCCGGCCCCAGGGACCCACCGGACAGUUCUGACCCCCGACCUCUGGCCCCAGAGCCCUUGUUGCAGCCGUGGCUGGAGGGCUGGCAUGUGGAGGGCCCCGACCGGUUGCGAGUGAGCUGGUCCUUACCCUCGGUGCCGGGGCCACUGGUGGGCGAUGGUUUCCUGCUGCGCCUGUGGGACGGGGCCCGGGGACAGGAGCGGCGGGAGAACGUCUCGUCCCCCCAGGCCCGCACCGCCCUCCUGACCGGACUCACACCUGGCACCCACUACCAGCUGGACGUGCGGCUCUACCACUGUACCCUCCUGGGCCCAGCCUCACCCGCCGCUCGUGUGCUUCUGCCCCCCAGCGGGCCCCCAGCCCCACGACACCUCCACGCCCAGGCCCUUUCAGACUCCGAGAUCCAGCUGGUGUGGCAGCGCCCAGAGGCUCCAGCUGGGCCUAUAUCCAAGUACAUUGUGGAGGUGCAGGUGGCUGAGGGCUCAGGAGACCCGCUGUGGAUGGACGUGGACAGGCCCGAGGAGACGAGCACCAUCGUCCGCGGCCUCAACGCCAGCACGCGCUACCUCUUCCGUGUGCGGGCCAGCGUCCAGGGCCCCGGUGACUGGAGCAACAUGGUAGAAGAGUCCACCCUAAGCAACGGGCUGCAGAGCGAGGGCCCAGUCCAAGAGGUCCAGGCAGCUGAAGAAGGUCUGGAUCAACAGCUGGUCCUGGCUGUGGUGGGCUCUGUGUCUGCCACCUGCCUCACCAUCCUGGCUGCCCUCUUAACCCUGGCGUGCAUCCGCAGAAGCUGCCUGCAUCGCAGACGCACCUUCACCUACCAGUCGGGAUCGGGUGAGGAGACCAUCCUGCAGUUCAGCUCGGGCACCUUGACACUGACCCGGCGGCCAAAACCACAGCCCGAGCCCCUGAAUUACCCAGUGCUGGAAUGGGAGGACAUCACCUUUGAAGAUCUCAUUGGGGAGGGGAACUUCGGCCAGGUCAUCCGGGCCAUGAUCAAGAAGGACGGACUCAAGAUGAAUGCAGCCAUCAAGAUGCUGAAAGAGUAUGCCUCUGAAAAUGACCAUCGUGACUUUGCGGGAGAACUGGAAGUUCUGUGCAAAUUGGGGCAUCACCCCAACAUCAUCAACCUCUUGGGGGCCUGUGAGAACCGAGGUUACUUGUAUAUCGCCAUUGAAUAUGCCCCCUACGGGAACCUGCUCGAUUUCCUGAGAAAGAGCCGGGUCCUGGAAACUGACCCAGCUUUUGCCCGAGAACAUGGAACGGCCUCCACCCUCAGCUCCCGGCAGCUGCUGCGUUUUGCCAGUGAUGCUGCCAAUGGCAUGCAGUACCUGAGUGAGAAGCAGUUCAUCCACAGGGACCUGGCUGCCCGAAACGUGCUAGUCGGCGAGAACCUGGCCUCCAAGAUUGCAGACUUCGGCCUUUCUCGGGGGGAGGAGGUUUAUGUGAAGAAGACGAUGGGGCGUCUCCCCGUGCGCUGGAUGGCCAUUGAGUCUCUGAACUACAGUGUCUAUACCACCAAGAGCGAUGUUUGGUCCUUUGGGGUCCUCCUCUGGGAGAUCGUGAGCCUUGGGGGCACCCCGUACUGCGGCAUGACAUGUGCCGAGCUCUAUGAGAAGCUGCCGCAGGGCUACCGCAUGGAGCAGCCUCGCAACUGUGAUGAUGAAGUGUACGAGCUGAUGCGGCAGUGCUGGCGGGACCGUCCGUACGAGCGACCCCCCUUUGCCCAGAUCGCGCUGCAGCUGGGCCGAAUGCUGGAAGCCAGGAAGGCCUACGUGAACAUGUCGCUGUUUGAGAACUUCACGUACGCGGGCAUCGACGCUACAGCUGAGGAGGCCUGAGCUGCCAUCCGGCCAGAACGUGGCUCUGCUGGCCAGAGCAACCUCGGCUCUUCAACCUGUGACUUCUGAUCCUUGUCGCCUGAGCUGCCUCAAGGAAUUGUUUUUUAACUUAAGGAAGAAAAAAGGGGAUCCAGGGAUGGGGUGGGCUUGGGGGGGGUGGGUCCUCAUCCUUUGCCGUUGCUCCCAGUACCUCCUGAAUUACUGACGGCUACCCUCACGCCCUUCGUUCUAGUUCAGCUGCCCCACGUGUGUGCUCUUCUGUUCCUGCCCUCAAACCCCUGCUUCAGCCUCCCUCCACUCAAGCCAGCACUCACAGCACUAGCAUGCCCUGCUCAGCUGCGCCCCACUCCCAGCCUUGUAAUCAGGAAAAAUAAAUGCUCUGAGAAGCUCCA